CUUCACCAAUCGAAUCUCCAACUGGAAAUGCGUUGCAGUUCUUCCACAUCUGUAUCUCCAAUGGCGACGCUUCAGUCCCUUGCAUUAUCCUCUUCAGUUUCUCAUUGUUCACAGCAACGACGCUUUCCUUCAGGCUUGAUAUCUUUAACUUCAGUAGUAUGUCGGAGUGUAUGUUCCUCGUUCAAUGGAAAAUCCUUGGAACUAUCUCGUCCACGGUGGGCCUCGUUAAUAGGAAACUGUCAUACACCUAGACCGAUAACAAUGAUGGUCAAGCCAACGAUUCAGUUCAUCCAAGGAACUGAUGAGCAGACAAUACCGGAUGUAAGGCUAACCAAAUCAAGAGAUGGUACAAAUGGUAUGGCGAUAUUCAGUUUUGAACAACCCUCUGUAUUUGACUCAUCGAAGGAACUUGGUGACAUUACAGGCUUUUACAUGAUUGAUGAGGAAGGAGUUCUUCAGUCAGUUGAUGUCAAUGCGAAGUUUGUGAAUGGAAAACCUGCAAGAAUAGAAGCAAGAUAUGUAAUGCGGAGUCCUCGCGAGUGGGAUAGGUUCAUGAGAUUCAUGGAGCGCUACUCUAAUGAGAACAACUUACAGUUCAUCAAGAAAUGAGGCAAUGUACAUCCUUCCCCACCCUGCUUUCUUCCCAUUUCAUAUGUAAUUUUGUAACAUUUUGUAGUUAGGCUCUGUUACUUGACAAGCUUUAUGACACUUGAUUUGACUAAAAUACGAUGUCCCCUUUUAUCUUGAUGGGCUUUGCCAUAUUUAGGUAG